UUCUUUGGAGAACUGUCUGUAUAGAUCUUCUGCCCAUUCUUUGAUGGGGGUGUUUGUUUUUUUGGUGUGGAGCUGCAGAAGGUGUUUAUAAUAAAUUUCAACUGUUUUUAACAGCAGAUCACUAGGGGUCUUCCUGAACCGAAUCUCCGCGUUAUCAGCUUCUGGUUGCGGUCAUCUUGGCAUAACACCCUUAUCUUCCGAAGGACUGAUGGAGAGCAAAGGAGAAACCAUGAUGCCUCCUCUCAACACUUCGUGUCCCUCUCCUGUCCCCUUCCUGCUGGUGGGCAUCCCGGGACUAGAGCACCUGCACGUCUGGAUCGGGAUCCCCUUCUGCUCCAUGUACGUGGUGGCCGUGGUGGGAAACGUGACCAUUCUGGCUGUGGUGCGGGCAGAGCGCAGCCUCCACGAGCCCAUGUUCCUCUUUCUGUGCAUGCUCUCAGCCACCGACCUGGUCCUCUCCACAGCCACCCUGCCCCGCAUGCUCUGUCUCUUCUGGCUUGGAGCCCGCGCCAUCGCCUUGGAUGCCUGCCUGGCCCAAAUGUUCUUCAUCCAUAGUUUUACUGCUCUGGAAUCGGGCUUCUUUCUGGCCAUGGCCGUUGACCGUUACGUGGCCAUUUGUCACCCACUGCGCCACACGACCAUGCUCACCCCCGCUCGCGUCGCUCUCAUGGGUGUGGUUGUGGUGGUUCGAGGCGUGGCCUUCUUUUCCCCACACCCCAUUCUGCUCAAACAGCUGCCCUACUGUGGGACUCGCAUCAUCGCCCACACCUACUGUGAGUUCAUGGCUGUCGUGAAGCUGGCGUGUGUGGACACAGGGGCCACCAAGCGUUACAGCCUCAGCAUGGCUACUAUCAUUGGCUCAUGCGAUGCGGUUCUCAUUGCUGUGUCCUAUGUCUUCAUCCUCCGCUCUGUGUUCCACCUGCCAUCCCAAGAAGCUCGCUUUAAGGCGUUGGGUACCUGUGGGUCUCAUGUCUGUGUUAUUCUUGUCUUCUACUCCACAGCUGGCUUUUCCAUUUUCACCCACCGUUUUGGGAAAAAUAUACCUGCACAUAUCCAUAUUUUUAUUGCAAAUAUGUACCUUUUGGUGCCUCCUUUUCUCAACCCUAUUGUUUAUGGAGUAAGGACCAAGAAAAUACGGGAGCUUGUUCUGAAGACAUUAAUGGUCAAAGGUGUCUGAUUGUAGUUCAGCCAGUGAAAGAGGUAGUUCAGGAAGAAAGGGAAGUAAAAGAGAGAACGUAAGAAAAGAACUCACAGUCCCUGCUCCCACAACUGAAUUACAUGUGCUGCUUGAAAUUUCCUUUAUUUACUACGUGUCUGUAAAUUCCAAAAAUUCCAAUUCAAAAAUCAUUUUAGCUUUAUCACUUAUUAAAACUGGAAACCAGAUUAAUCUCUUCCUGUGUCUUUUGGAGCAUAAUUACAAAUAGUGAACAGUAAAGAAAGGGAACAGAGAUAAUGUCCAAUUUAUAUAUUAAAUAAAAGAUUCUUCUUGAGAACAAAAUGAUGGAAAAUAUAUACCUGGUAACCUGAAACAAUUUGAUCCGUGUAUAUGACUGAGAUUUCAUAGAAUAGAUGUUGAAUGCUCUACCUGUUCUUUAACGGAAUCCAAUGGAAGAAGUACUGUUUAUUCAGAUUAGAGUAGAACUAAUAAUAUAUAAAUAUUAAAAAUUAAUAUUAAGUGAAUUAGUAUUCACUUAAUUAGUGAAUAAUUAAAUAUUAUUAUUAAAAUAUCAUUAAAAAUGAGUAUUAAGUGAA